UUAAGAUUUGAAAUUCUACAAAAAUACAAAAAUAUUAUAUACCAAUUAUUUCAAUGAAAACAAGUUAAAUUGAGCAUUUAAAACAAUUAAUUAAGUUUCAAUUAGUAAAACAUUUGAUUACGGAUAAGAUAAAAGCUUUGGUUCAUCGAUAUUCGUAAGGGAAAAUGAGAAAAUUUGAAUGAAAAGGAAAUAAUUUACAAUUCUGAGAAUAAAAUGAAAACUGUUCAGUAUGAACGAAAAUAACUUAGACAUCCCAGUCACAACUUUAGCUGGACUAACCAGUAUAUCAGAUUUAUUAAGCGAGUUACCAUUGUCUGAUACUUUACCAUCUCAACAAAACAAAUCGUUGUUAUUCCAUCCGAGAGUGGCUGAAGAAGCAAAUAACGUUCUCAGUCAACGGGACGAUGUUCUUGCACAACAACUUAUUAGUGCUAUUGAACAGACCAAUUCUAAUCACAUUGAAAUCAAGCCAGAGUACUGUAAGGAUGAAUCAAAUACAAUUGAGGCACCGCUUAUGUUAAAAUUGAUCGAGUCUUCGAGACCAAAUGUGUUUAAUAGUAAUGUUUAUAAUCAGAAAUACGUUAAUCCCAUUGCAUCAUCACUUGAUUUUGAAAAUGCACAACAACAAAAUCUCACUCAAAAUUAUUCAUUACAUCCCAAUCCGAUGCAAGUGAAUCAUUACGAUGCAUCAUUUAAUUCCACCAAUAAUUUUAAUAACUUUGAUCCAUCCAAUCACUAUCAAUUCGAACAAUCACAAGCCGGAGGACAUUUGCAGCAACAAAAUAUGUAUCAACAGACGACGACAACGCCGACAGCAGCAGAACAGAAUCAACAAAAUUAUUAUGGACAAUCGAUGGUCCCUCAACCGAAUCAGAAUAUGAAUAAUGGUCCAUCAACUUAUCAACAUACAAUUGAUGAUCUUCUAGUACAUCAACCGACGACAAAUUAUCAACAAACUAAUAUAUAUAAUAGCCAAGAGCAUAUUCCAGCAAUUCAGACACAUCAGUCUUCAUACAAUAUCGCACAGUUAUUGGAUACCAAUACCACAUCAUCUAAUAGUUUAAAUCACCAGCAACAAAAUCUCACCGGUUUUUAUCAAAAUAAUAGUAAUAGCAGUAAUCUCCAGCAAAUGACGUCUUCCGUCUGCACAUCAGCAUCAUCACAGCAACAAGAAGUAACAUCAUUUAGCACGAUAAAUACAAAUCAACUAGAGCAAGCUGUAAAGAUAGAUCAAAAUCAUUACAUUUCCGGUAACAAUCAUACUCAGCAAUCGCAGACAAUGACGAAGAACGCUGAAAAUCAAAUACCUCAAUCGAAGAAUAAUCACAUUGCACCAUCGUCGAUUCAACAGCAACAACAACAGCAAUUUAAUAAUAUGCAUUUGAGGAGUACUAAGACAAAUAAUAAUAAUGAUGUGACGCACCAAAAAACAGCACCAAGAAAUAAUGAAUAUUUGGAACAACAGCAACAACAAAGGCCAUCGCCAGCACAAGGAACGACAGCGCCUGAAACGAAUCAUCUUAAUGUACAGCAACCGAAAAGUGAGAAUGAAAGCUUAAAGGAGACAAACAGUAUUACUACAAAAACCCAGCAACAACAACAACCAGAAGCAGCUACAACGAGUCAUGAGAUAAAGAUUGAAGCAUCGCCGUCGUCUACAAAACAGCCAACAUUAAUGGAAACGUUUGAUAUCUCUGAUGCAGAUGCAAUGAAUUUUAAGCAACUCAUAAUUCCAUUAUCGAAGGUUAAAGUGACAGCAGAGGAAGAGCAACAAGUAUUGGCAAGUUUAGAGGAUCUCAAUGCAUCUGAUUUGUUUAGUAAGAUGAAAGAGGAUGAUAAGCGAGCGCCAUUAAAGCGAAAAGUUCCAUUUCCUGAAGAGGAUGUUAAAGAGACAUUUAAUCAGCCAAAAUUAAGGAGAAUUGAGAAGAAAUUAGCACCAGUAACGGCAAAAAUGACUCCAGAGGAACUUAUGAAGACCAAUACAUAUAUUCGAUUUAAUAAUUAUAUGGAGAAAAUCUUUGAGCUAUUAGAUGAGACAGAAAUUAUAAGUUAUGAUGAAAGUGAUGAUAAUCCAGAGUGCAUUACGCCGUCACUUCUUGCAAGUAUAAGUGCUGAGGCAGCUAAACUUAAAGCACGAGCAUCAAUUGAUGCCAUUCCUGAAGAGAAAUUAACACUUCUUAUUAACUAUGCGAUGCGUAGUGUACAUAGUGCUAAGAAUUUCUCAGCUGGACCAGAUUCAGCGGAUGACCUAAUCGCUGAGGAUUGUUUGGAUAAAAUUUUAAAUGCCAUUGAAGCUGCAUUGCUUAUAUGUAAUAUUUAUACAUCAAAAGACACCAAAUUUUUACAAGAGGAUAAUAUCGAUGCUAUCAUUAAGUUUGUGCAAUUUCAAUUACGCGAAACAAUCUUUCCGUCGUAUGAUCCUGUCUAUACGAUCGAGACAAAGAAGAAGGCUGAAAAAGCUCAAAAUAAGAAAAAGCAAAGCAAUCAACAAAAAGGAAUUACGAUGUUAUACACGAAAAUUGUUGAGCUAUCGAAACUUUUUGUGCGACUUUUUAAUAAAUUCCACUUUGUUGACACAAUAAUCAUCCAUGCUAGCUCGUUGGGCGUUGAGCCGUUUUUCGUCGACAAUAUUGAGACACUCCAAUUCGUUUGCUUAGAUCUCGUAACAUCGAUAUUCCAAAAUGAGAAAUAUAAGCAUCAUCGUCACAACAUAUUGAAUGAUAUUCUCUCAUCUGUCGACCGUUUACCGCACUCGAAAAGAAAUCUUCGACCAUAUAAGCUUAUGAAUAAUGCUGGAUGCAUUCAAAUGAUGACUGCUCUAGUUCUUCAAUUAAUUCAAUGUUCUGUGUUACUUCCUGACGAGAUUUACGAUGACGAAAAGAUUUCUCGUAAAAAGAAUUCAGAGAGUAAAGGAAAAAUAGAUCAAGAUAGUUUUAUGCUGGAGAAAUAUAAGACAGCAACGAGUAUUGGCGGUAAUUUCAUUCAAACAUUUCUCAAUAAGUGUAAGAGUCGCUCAACGGAGACCGACUUUCGUCCACUAUUUGAGAAUUUCAUUCAAGAUCUUUUAACGACUGUGAAUAAACCAGAAUGGCCAGCAUCAGAAUUAUUAUUAACACUUCUCGGUACGGUACUUGUUAAAUACAUGUCAGAUAAGUCUGUUGAUCAAUCAAUUCGUGUCGCAUCGUUAGAAUAUUUGGGAUUAGUUGCAGCACGAUUAAGAAAGGACACAGUUAAAUCAAGGAAUCGUGUAAAAGUUAUGGACGAACUGAUUAAAUGUAUUAAAAUUGAGCAAGAAAAGGAUGGCGAAGAUGAUUUAGACAGUGAAUCAAUGAUUGAGAUUGAUGCUGAAGAGGAACGAACGGAAUUCCUACAAAGAAUCUUACUGGAUUAUUUACUGUUAAAUAGUCAAGAAGAAAAUCCAGUUUGGAAUCAUUCAAGACACUUUUAUCUCACAUUAUGGUAUUAUGAUAUUCAUCGUCGAAAGAAGGAGAUUGCUGAUGGUGCGAAAGGAUAUGCGAGUCGUAAAAAGACAAAAAAGACAAAUAAUCGAAAGAAGCAUCGAGGUAGUGAUGAUAGUGAUGAAUCAAGUGACUCCGAUGUUCAGGAAGUACGUGAUAUAGAUCCAGAACUGAAUCGUGAAAUAUUUAAGGUCCUUGAUCAGCGCAAAAAGUAUUUAUUGAGUAAAGUUGCACCAUUUAAGAAAUCGACUCGUGAUAUUAUUGACCUGAAAACCUAUCUCGAUUAUGAUAAUGCAAAUCUCAUUGCCCAAUAUCUUGCGAGUAAGCGUCGAUUCUCGCAAAGCUUUGACAUUUAUUUAAAGAAAAUUAUUUUGGUUGUGCGCGAGCCAGUCGUUGCAAUUCGUACGCGAGCCAUGAAGUGUCUAGGAAAUAUUGUUGAAGUUGAUCAAUCGAUAUUAGCACGAAAGGAUAUGCAAAUUGGUGUCGCACAAAAGCUACUCGAUGCAGCCAUUUCUGUGCGUGAAGCAGCUGUAGAUCUAGUUGGUAAAUAUAUUCUAACCGAUCGGAUAUUAGUGGAUCAAUAUUAUGAAAUGAUAUCGCCGAGAAUUCUCGAUACGGGUGUGUCUGUACGAAAGCGUGUUAUUAAGAUUCUUCGUGACAUUUGUGGAGAGUUUCCUGAUCAUCCUAAAAUACCUGAUAUCUGCAUUAAGAUGCUGCGACGAGUCAAUGACGAGGAGAAUAUACAGAAAUUAGUUAUGGAAGUUUUUAUGACUAUGUGGUUCACUCCAUGCAACAAUAAUGAUAAGGCAUCAAUUCGUCGCAAAUGUGACCAAAUCAUUGAUGUUGAACUGUCAUCACAAGAGAAGGCUUUCCAUGGAUUACUAAAAACUGUUUUCGAGCCAAAGGAGGUGAAAGACGACUCAAAAGGACGGAAGGAAAUCUCUCAAGUUUUAAUUCGAUCGUGCCAGCAGAUUGUAGAUGGAUUAGUAUCAUUAAUUAUGGAAUAUGAGAAAUCAAAUAUAGCACGACUUGUCGGAUGUGUGACUGCAUUGCAUUCAUUCUCACAAAUACGACCACAAUUAAUCGUGGCACAUGCCAUUUCACUAGAACCUUAUUUGAAUAUCAAAUGUACAUCGAAUGAGCAAAUUAAAUUUCUUGCAUUACUCGCCGAGAUAUUGGAACAGGUUGUGCCACUUAUGGAACAUCCAGGCGAUGCCUUCUUGUCGGAUUUAGAAGCUCACUUGAUGACACUAAUAGUGACGCAACGUCAAAUGGUCGUACAUAGUUGCGUGGCAUGUCUCGGUGCCGUUAUAAAUAAAAUGACAAAGAACUAUCCACUAAUUCGUGAAUGCUUUGCAAAAGUUUAUACACGUGCAUUAGUUUACACAAAAGAACGAAUGAUAAGAGAUCCAAAUUUACCAUCUGAGCAAAUUUACACACCAGUUUUUCGUCGUGGCAUUUUCACCGUGGGAUUACUAAUGAGAUUUUUCGACUUUAGUCGAGUGGAUGUAAAUGGAUCAAAUACAAAUGAAAGAAAUCGUUUAUCUCCAAACAUCUGUGAUGAAAUUUUCGAAACAUUAUUAUAUUUUCUCAAUAGUAAUAUACAACCGAUUCAGCGUGAGAUCCUUCAAGCACUUGGCUAUUUUUGUGUAACAAAUUGUGAAUAUUUAACUCGGCCUGAGUUGAGGGAAUAUUAUAAUCAUCUUCUAAGCAAUCUGAGCGACCAGAACGAGUUGAAAAUUAUGGUGCUUAAAAAUAUCUUAUUAUAUCUAAUGGAGGAAGAGAUUAAAAUGACAAAGAAUGAUAAAGAGUGGCAAGUACAAUCGAAGACUGAAGAUCUGAAAGAAAUGUGCGAUAUUUCCUCAGGAAUGUCUAGUCGUGUGAUUCAAAUCUACUUAAAGGAAAUCCUCAAUUCCUUCCUAAAUGGAGACUUUAGCGUACGACUAAUGGCGAUGCGUGUCGUUGAGAUUGUCUUACGUCAAGGUCUUGUGCAUCCAGUACAAAUAGUUCCUUAUCUCAUUUGCCUAAGUACUGAUCCUGAAACGGAAGCAUCACAUAGCGCUGAUCGUCAUUUGCAGGAGAUUGAUAAGCAGUAUCAAGGAUUUGUGAACAUGAAAUGUCAACAAGGAGUUCAGCUAUCAUACCAUCUGCAAAGUAUAAUUCAGAAAAAAACAAAUGGUCGUGCUGCACGUGGUUAUCGAUUGCCCAAAGCAGGACUAGAAGAACCACCUUCAGCUCUGAAUGGAUUCGUCUACUCGUUACUUAGAAAUACAAAACCAAAUCGACGAGCUCUUGUCGGUUCGAUGACAAAACAAUUCGAUGAUGAGAAAUCGACACUAAGCUUUAUGCUCUAUUUAGCUGAUAAUUUAGCUUAUUUUCCUUAUGUCGUUCAAGAUGAACCUUUGUAUUUAAUACAUCAAAUUGAUUUAUUUAUUUCCGUUACUGGAACGAAUUUGCUUCAAAACUUUCGUGAUGGUUUAAAACCAAAGCCUGGCGAGGAGAACAUAGAGAAGGAAAACAAUCCACUUGAAGACGAGGAUGAUGAGGAGGAUAGAGAUGCUUUAUAUGAACGAUUACCAGAUAAUACUACAGAUUUACAACAGUGCAUUACAUCAGCUCAAGGCUGUAUGCUUUUAUUAAUUCUUAAGCAGCAUUUAAAGGACAUGUACGGCAUUAACGAUGCUAAAAUUGCACAAUACUCACCGUCAGAAAGUACUAAAAUUUACGAUAAGGCUAUGCAACGUCGACCUAUUCAGCCAUUUAAUCCAAAGGCAACCAUUGCAAUUCUCAAGGAAGAUCCCAAAGCUGGAGAUGAAUUAACUGAAUCACAAAAACGGGUAUUAGUUGACAGAUAUUUAGAGUUUAAGCAAUUGAUGAUAAAAUUAGAUCCUGAUGAAGAAGAUGAGGAAGACGACGACAAUAAGCCUCUCGUAAAGCAGUCAAUAAGAAAUCAAGCCGUAACGUCUGAAAGUCUAAAUGCUAAUGGAAAUUCGAGUACGCUGAUGGCUGAUGCUGUUGUGAAUAAUGUUCAUUUGAAUAAUGUACAAAUCAAUUUAACUCGCGUUAAUCUUCCGCCUGAGUAUCAGAACUUUGAAAAAGCUAUAAAUGUGAAUUCCAUUCCCAAGCCACAAACACAAAAGCCUUCAAAAGCCAAAUCAACACCAUCAAAGAAGUCGACAUCGAAGAAAAAGCGACGAAAAUUGUCAAGUUCGGAAGAAGAUGAGGAAAGUGAUUUCGACGAUGAUGAUUAUGACUAAAUUAGUCAGUCAUAAAGUUUCUACUACUAUUAAAAAAAAACUAAAAAAGAAUCAAUAAUUUAAUAAUGAUCUGUUUCUAAAAUAAGCAGCAGUUCCAAAAUUAACUAUUGACCUGUCUCGGUGAUGAUUUAAUCACUUCCAUGUAGCUGCAGAAGGAGUCUUUGGACAGAUCAAUUGAUAAUUUGCUAUAUAAAAAAUGAAAGAAUAAUAAUUUGAGGAAGGAAUUAGAGGAACUAAAGAUUCGAGAUGUGGUAACUAUUUGAUAUUAUGGAUAUGAAUAUACUAAUGAUGAGAAAAACAUUAAAUUUCGUAUUAAUAAAAAGAAAGGAUGUAAACAAAAUUUCGGUAGAUUCAAAAAACAAGCGACUUUUUGUAAUUUUGAAAGCUGUGUAAAGAUGAAAUUUUAAAAAGUUGAGGACAUAAAAAGUCACUUUCCAUUAAAGAAAAUGCAACAGCAAAAAACUAUUUUUCGGUGGAAAUUUUUCUAUUUAUUUGAUAGGAAACGGAAAGCUAUAAAAAAAUUGUGUAAAUAUGAAUAAAUGGACAUUAUAGGACAUAGAAAAUGAGGGGUGGGAAAAACACGAGAAUUAAUAUAAAAACAACAAAAAAAAUAAAUGAAAAUUAUUAAUAUUAGUAUGAAGAAUAGCGUAUAGAGUUAUAGAGAUAUCUGUGUAAUUUUUCGCGGUACGUGAGCAUAUAGACAUGAAACGAUGAAUUGAGGAUGGUUUGUUGUUUUGGAUAAGGAAUUUAGGUUAGAGUCAAGGGGGUCUAUACAAAUAAUUCAAUUUUCAAUGCAUAUACCCCCCAGAAAUUCCCUAAAAUCUUCAUCCUAAACGACACUACAUCCGCGACCGAUAAACUUGUAAUAAUGUCAAGUUAUCUUUUAUACAAAGUAUGCUCAUUGCUAUCCACAAGUUUAGCGUUUAAUUCAAUGUUGUAAAAUUAAUUAAUUGAAUAUUAUUCUUAAGCUAAUUUAAACGAAAAAAAAACCUAUAAAUUUAAAUUAAAUCCUGUAAAAUUGUUUUCCUUUUUUGUCUGUCACCAAGCAUCAUCAUUUUUAAUUAAAAAUGAAUUUUUCUUAUAGCUUAAAUUCAUUGAUUAUAUUAUACAUACAAUCUUUUUAAAUAUUUUAAAAAUGCUAAGCAUCUCAACUUUUUAUCUACAUUGGAAAGUGAGCGAAACAUGAAUUAAAAACACCAUUUGUAAAUUUUUAUUUUACAUUUAUUCCUACUUAUAAUGAAGGUUAAAAAACAUAAUUAUUUUGUAAUUUAAUGCAUUGAACGAUAAAAAAAACAGAAAAAAAUCAACUCAUUUUUAGCGAUUUUAGUUGAAGAAAAAAAUUUAAAAUUUGAUUAUGUAUUUAUAAAUGCGAGAAAAAAUAAACAAUUUCC